UGGGCGGCGCCGGGCCGAGCUCCGGCGGGCGGGGGCGCGGGAUGGAGAUUUUAAGGAUAACCUAAAUAAAGUAUAUGAAGCCAUUGAAGAGUCGGACUUCCUGGCCAUCGAUGGAGAGUUUUCAGGAAUCAGUGAUGGGCCUUCAGUUAGUGCAUUAACAAAUGGCUUUGACACUCCAGAGGAAAGGUAUCAGAAACUUAAAAAGCAUUCCAUGGAUUUUUUGCUCUUUCAGUUUGGCCUUUGCACUUUUAAAUAUGAUGACACAGAAGAAAGGUAUAUAAUGAAGUCGUUUAACUUCUAUAUUUUUCCAAAACCCUUUAACAGAAAUUCACCAGAUGUCAAGUUUGUCUGUCAGAGUUCAAGUAUAGAUUUUUUAGCAAACCAAGGAUUUGAUUUUAAUAAAGUUUUUCGCAAUGGAAUUCCGUAUUUAAAUCAGGAAGAAGAGAGACAGCUAAGGGAACAGUAUGAUGAAAGACGUUCUCAAGCCAACGGUGCAGGAUCUCUGUCAUACACUUCUCCUAAUUCCACGAAGUGCCCUGUAACAAUUCCUGAGGAUCAGAAAAAAUUUGUUGAGAAAGUAGUGGAACAGAUAGAAGACCUAUUAAAGAAUGAAGAAAAUGAAAGUUUGGAACUGGAGCCAUGUACAGGAUUUCAAAGGAAAUUAAUUUAUCAGACCUUGAGCUGGAAGUAUCCAAAAGGUAUCCAUGUGGAAACUCUGGAGUCAGAUAAGAAGGAGAGAUAUAUUGUUAUUAGUAAGGUAGAUGAAGAGGAACGAAAAAGAAGAGAGCAGCAGAAACAAGCAAAAGAACAGGAAGAAUUGAAUGAUGCUGUAGGGUUUUCCAGAGUUGUUCAUGCCAUUGCUAAUUCUGGCAAGCUUGUUAUUGGGCACAACAUGCUGCUGGAUGUUAUGCACACCAUACAUCAGUUCUACUGUCCCCUGCCUGAUGACCUGAGUGAGUUCAAGGAAGUAACCUCAUGUGUCUUUCCCCGGUUACUGGAUACUAAACUGAUGGCAAGUACACAGCCUUUUAAGGAGCUCAUUAAUAAUACAUCACUUGCAGAACUGGAAAAGCGUUUAAAAGAGGUUCCAUUCAGCCCUCCUAAAGUUGAAAGUGCAGAAGGAUUUCCAAGUUAUGAUACAGCAUCUGAACAACUGCAUGAAGCAGGAUAUGAUGCCUACAUUACUGGACUGUGCUUCAUUUCCAUGGCUAAUUUCCUAGGUUCAUUCCUCAGUCCUCCGAAAAACCAUGUGUCUGCUAGAUCAAAACUCAUUGAACCUUUUUUUAACAAGCUAUUUCUUAUGAGAGUGAUGGACAUACCAUAUCUCAAUUUGGAAGGACCAGACUUGCAGCCCAAACGAGAUCAUGUUCUUCAUGUUACUUUUCCCAAAGAGUGGAAGACUAGUGAUCUGUACCAGCUUUUCAGUGCCUUUGGUAACAUUCAGGUUUCGUGGAUUGAUGAUACAUCAGCAUUUGUAUCAUUGAGCCAGCCAGAGCAAGUACAAAUAGCUGUAAACACCAGCCGGUAUGCUGAAAGUUAUAGGAUCCAGACAUAUGCAGAAUAUGUGGAGAAAAAACAUGAAGAAAAACAGGCCAAGAGAAAAUGUACAGAAGAUAGUUGGAAGGAGAUGGAGAGGAAGAGGUUAAAAACCCAGUGCACACCUUACGUUUCCCAGAGUCGGUACUACUGUGUUAACAGGAGCCUUAAGUUGGAAAAAAUUAAAUUCAGCCAUAAGACCAUUCAAGAAGAGAUCUUCUUCCUACAUUUUACAGGUGCCAGUACAGUGGGAAAGAGAAGCAUGAGUCCUAUUGAGGAAGAAACUGGUUCUGAUGAUAUGGAAGAGGGAGAAGGCCAAGAUCCAGAAAAUGAUCAGACAGACCCCUGUGCAGAGUCCCUUCCAGAUGGUAAGAAGAGAGCCAAAAAGUUGAAAAAGAUCAAGACAGAACAAGUUCCAGCGGGAAGCCUCACAACUAGUUCCACUGGAAUUUUUGAGGUCCCUGAAACAUGGUAGGAAACAACUGCCUUAACAAGUGGAAUUGAUUGAAAGCAGUUGAGAGAAUGCACCUCUUGGAAGCCAUACUUUAUUUAAAUAAAGUGGUGUUAACAAAGCAGUAUGUGUCCUGAAAAUCAGUUUAAUUAUUUUAAACUGUUUCUUGAACAAUCACUGUCAAUUUUACUCAUGUGUAUAUCACCUAGUACAUGACUUGUCGUUGAUCCUGUGAAAUUCUUGCUGUUGUAACUGAUGUUAGGUUUAAGAAGCAAGACUCAGUGUCCUUUGGUCACUUCCUUUGGCAUGCUGGCUGUGAACUGUACAAGAACUGGCACUCUGUGAUUUUGUGCUAGGCUGUUUCCUCUGCUUGGGGAGUUACCACAGCUCUCCUAAUAUUUAGCUAUUUUUUCAGACAGCAUCAGUAUGCUGUCAGCAUUCUGAAAACAGGUAGAACUGUAGUUUCACAUAUUGCUUUCUACCUGUUACUUUAACCAGGAGCAUUUUUUGAAUUUCUGUUCUCUACCCCCACCCCCAGUACAGCUGGUAUUCCUCUAAAUACCAGCCUUAUCCAUACCUUACCCUUUCAAAAAACUGUAACUUAAAAGUCUUUCAAACAUUAAUUUCCUGGUGGGAGGUAGUUUCUUCUUUGUUUUCACAUCUGUUGUUUCCACUUUUAAAUCCUGAUUUUGUAAAAAAAUGUUUUUUGGUACCUGUGAUAAACCUGCUAACUGCACUAGCCCUUUAUUUGUUUAAAAAAGGAUCUGCAUUGGUAGAUUUCAGAAAAUGUUUGAUAUUUAAAUUUUUGUAUCGUGGAAAUAAAACCAAAAUAUGUAUUUCCAUAACAUGAAAAUUAAAGACAUUUUCUUAGGAA